CCCGAGGUUUCCUGAAGAUUUUCGAAGAGGAAGAAUGGCGAGAGUUUGAGGAGGAAAAGAAAGAUUACUCAGGUCUUAAAAUUGGAAAUCUAACGGUCAGUGACAAUCAUGAUCAUGACAGUAAUGAUGAACGAGGUACAGGUGAAAACAGUUCAGAUGGAGAGUGCGGAGAAACAAGUUCAAAAAUGGCUGGACCUUGGAACAAGGCCGAUACGCCACCUCAACCCGUGGACUCAGUUGAAGUUACACCUGCUCCAGCAGCACCGGCAGCCAAUGCGGCUGGUCUAGGAAAAUACAAAUCUCCACAUUUGAGACAUCAAACAACAUCAUCACCUAGCACACGCUCGAGUAGAAUGAAAAAUAUUGCUCCUGACAUUCGUAGUGAAGAGUAUUUUCCAACUCUAAGCGCUAAGCCACCAGCUGCUCCUGAAACUGGUGCCUGGGGAAGACGAAAGCGAGACGAAGGUUCCUUCGAGGAAGUCCGUAACCGAGGUGGUACCAGAUCCUACACAACUCCAGAAGUUCAAAGCCAAGCGCCAAAGCUUUCAUUGGACAAUAAAUACGGAGCAUUGUCACAAGAUCAGAGUUGAAAUUGUCGAAAUUUGUAUGAUCAAAUUAUCAUCUUCGAUUCCUCCUCACUUCGCACCGUUUCGUAGCCCAGUCAAUAGGUAAAUAGCGAUGAAAUGAAGAAAAAGUAAAAAAAAAUCGAUGAAAAAAAUAAGAUGAUCAUUUUCUCUUUGAACUGAGAAAGAAAAAUUGACCGGAAAUGGGGGAUGUAACAAAAUUUCAUGAACGAAAACCUGAUUUCAUCCAAUUCAUGAAAUGUAACAAUUGAAAGCUGAUUUGAAAGCGGAGAAAUAGUAUAUUUCCCACCAAGGGAGGGAAAAUAUACUAUUAAAUCAACUAUGUGAGAUAGAAACGAAUUGAAUGAAGAAAAAUCAAUGUUUUAAUAAUUAUCAUUAAGAAUGUAUGGUAUAGCAAAAGUAACUGAAAUGUCACCGAGGCUGGGCUUCGGGACGACAGUGCAUUCAAAGUAGGUGCGAUUAUUGAUAAUGUAAUGAAAAAUUAAUGAUAUAUCAAUCAGGGCAAUGUUUAUACAUUUAUUAAUUAUUUAGGAGGGAUAUCAUCACACUAUAUUGAGACUAAUAUUAAGAACGAGGGAACCUUUGUGUUUAUUCCUUUUCUACUCCAUGUUCAUUUGUUUUAUUGUUCGUAAUAAAUUCAGAAAAUGUUGGCAAAUUAG